AUGGGCGGUCUGGGAAAGACGACUCUUGCGAAGAAAAUCUACAAAAUUGCAACGACAAGUUUUGAUUGCCAUGCAUGGAUUUAUGUGUCUCAAUCAUUCCAAAAGAAGAAUAUCUUGAAGCGCAUGCUUGAAGGAUUUUAUAAGAGUAGGAAGGAAGCGGUUCCAAAUCAUGGGGAGACAAUGGAGGAGACAAACAUAGCAAAGAUGAUCAACGACUACUUGCAAGGAAAAAGGUACGCUCUGUUCCUUGAUGAUAUAUGGGAUACUAGUGUUUGGGAAGAUGUGAAACAUGCUUUGCCUCAUGAGGGUGGAAGCAAGAUCAUCUUCACGACUCGCAGUGAAAAUAGAGCCCGUCCUGUCCAUGAGAAGUUCCAUAUACACAAAGUGAAGCCAUUAUCUUAUGAAUUGGCUUGGGAACUCUUCCAAAAAAAGGUAUUUCUGAACCAAGACACUCAAGGAACUUGUCCGCAACACUUAGUCGAAGUGGGAAAUGCCAUGGUCAAAAGAUGCAAAGGGUUACCACUCGCCAUUGUGGUAAUUGGUGGCCUCAUGUCAAAGAAGAGCACUGAUCCAGCUGAAUGGAAUGACGUGCUUGAAAAUCUUUGUUGGGAACUGAAAGAUAAUGAAGAUCUUGCAAGAUUAAAUCGAGCCCUGCUAACGAGUUACAACUAUUUACCUUAUCACCUUAAAUCUUGUUUCUUGUAUUGCGGUCUAUUUCCUGGGGAUUAUGUGAUUAAGAGAAAGAAGCUGAUUUGCAUGUGGGUGGCCGAGGGCUUCAUUAAGGAACAUCAACAGAAGACACCUGAAGAAGUUUCAAGUAAUUACUUUGCUCAGCUCAUUGAUAGGAACCUACUCCAACCUGUCAUUGAUGAGUACACGGGCGAUUUGAUAGCGUGUCAAGUGCAUGACCUCAUGCGUGACAUUGCUAUUCACAUGCUUAAGAAGGAAGAAUUCGCAGCAAUCCUAACAAACCGAAGAAAUAAUUUCGAAGAAGCACAGCGUCGGUUGGCCAUCCAAAACACUGCAAUUGAUAUUCCAGGAAGCAUGGGUGAAUUGAAUCCUCGGUCAAUUCUUCUAUUUAACGACCAGGAAUUUCCCUCUUCCUCUUUCUGUAGAAUGUUUUCAAAAUUCAAAUUAUUGAGGGUAUUAGAUCUAGAAGGCACUAAAAUAAAGAUUUUGCCGAAUGAAGUUGGAGGGUUGAUUCACUUACGGUAUUUGAGCUUGAGGAGGACACAGAUUGAGGAACUCCCUGUUUCAUUGCAAAGACUGCACAACCUACAGACGCUGGACGUUAGAGAUUCCCACUUGAAAGGUUUACCCACUGGAAUAGAGAUGCUUACGAAAUUUAGGCAUCUUAAUUUGAUGAAAAUUUCUGAUAGUAGAGAAUUUUAUAAGAUGCCUAAGAAAACAGCCAGCUUAAGCAACCUCCAAACACUAUCAGGUGCAUCAGUUGACAGUGGCUUUUCAAGAGAGUUGGGUUACUUAACCCAACUUAAGAAAUUAUUAAUUGGAGAAGUAAAAGGGGAAGAUUGUAGACAACUAUGUGAUUCCAUUAGUCAGUUGAAAUGGUUGCGAUCUCUCAAAAUCUUGGGCCAGGGCGAAGAUGAAGAACUCAAUUUACAAGAAUUGUCACAGCCUCCACAAUACCUUGAGAAACUUAUUUUGAAAUGUGUGAUGAAAGAAUUUCCCCAAUGGAUUGGUUCACACAACUGUCUCCGGUAUAUAACCCUGAUGAAUAGCCAAUUUGUGAAAGAUCCACUCACCACCCUUGGACAGUUACCCAAUCUGGUGUACUUGACUCUCUUUAAUGCUUAUGUGGGGAAGCAGAUUUGCUGCACCUCUGGAGGAUUUCCUAAGCUCAGAACCAUGAGAAUCUCAUAUAUGAAAGUAUUGGAAGAGUGGAGUAGAAUAGAGGAGGGUACAAUGAAAUCUCUCCAGUAUCUCGUUAUUGACAGUUGUCCAAAGCUAAAGAUGCUCCCAGAUGGCUUUCAGCACCUCGCUGCCAUCAAACAACUAUAUUUAGAAGGCAUGUCAGAAGAAUUCAUGAAGAGGGUAAGGGGAGGCGGAGAUGACUAUCUCAAAGUGCGUUACAUCCCUCGUAUUGUUAAAUUUGGUGAAGUUGUUGACGGGAAAUACAUAUUUGAAACACUCUCUUAUGGAGAAAAGAACUAAUACCGUCAUCUAUGCGGGCUGUGAUGUCUUCGCAGGGAGGAGGUGGUUGAUUUCAUUGUACUCUUGGAGCGGCUUCAUGGCUACCACCGUUCGCAAGGUUAGCGGGAUGCAAUGGCUUGGAGGAAGUAAAAGUCCAGUCAAUUUUCUGUCCGAUCUUUUUAUGGGUUGCUAUUUCAGUUAUCAUCACAGAGAGCUUGCGUCACACCGCUUUCAUGUGACAUUAUGCUGCUGCUUAUAAGGUAUCGGCUUUCACUUGGCAAGUGAGUAGGAAUAGGUGCUUAGAGACUGAUGGCUUGUUCCUAGCAUGGCAUGACAGCCAGAUUUGGAAAAAAAAAAAAGAAGGUAGGGUGUUGUGAUGGUUGGCUUUGUUCGCUAGGGUUUUUAGAAUAAAAUUAGAGUGGUCUUUGUAUUAUUUUCUAGUGCAAGUGAUGUAUUUUGGGAUGGGCUUCUAGUUUAGAAGCUCUUGACAAGUGUAUCUUUCUUUCUUGAUUUGGGCUGACAUUAUUGUUUAUAUAUGUGUGUGCGUCUUUGUGUGGUGUUUUUCUAAUAAAAUUCCAGUACUUGUCAAAAGAAAACGUUCCAAUGAGUUUCUUAUGCAGUUGUCUAAGGUAUAUAAUCUUUUAUGAAUAUCAUGCUUAAAGGAUCACAUAUUGCAAAGUUAAACAGGCUAGAAUUGUAUGGGAUCAUGG